UAUAUUAAUCUAUAAUCUAUAUAGAUAUCUAAGUCUAGAUUCUAGAUCUAUAUUCUAUAAUAGAUUUAGAUUAGAUUAGAUAUGGGAAUAUAGACUGACUUACUUUAGAACUCUAGGACUAGAUCUGUCGUUAUGAUUAUAAAUUACUAUUCAACUACUACUAGAUCUAUACUAGGUUACUAGUAUAACUAGAUUCUAUAUAAAAAAGUAUAUUUGUAGUACUAUUCACACUUCACUAUACUAAUUAUUUGACUAAUAAUUUACUAAUUUGAGUCAAUUUGACUAUCAUCAUCAUUCAUCAUAAACAUGAAAACAGCCCUUCAAAUCAGUGCACAAUUGGAAAAUCUAAAUGAGUUUUAUACGAUUGGAGAAGACUUUCGAUGGUACAUCAAGUUAAAAUGCUGUAACUGUGGUGAAGAGACUCCAGAGUUUGUGUACUGUUCACUUGGUGACACUUAUCCUGCUCCUCAUGGGAAAAGUAGUUGCAGUUUGAUUCUGAAGUGUAAAUUAUGCAAAAGGGAAAACUCUCUAGAUAUUAUUAAGGACUCAUUGUGCAGUUACACCAGUGAGGAUUCUGGGAAAUUUAAAACUAUUUUGGUAUUUGAUUGCAGGGGUGUCACUCCCAUAGAUUUUUCACCCAGAGUUGGUUGGGAAGCUGUUGGUUUGGAAUCAGACACUAGCUUCGCUGACAUAGACCUAAGUAGUAGUACUUUUUUUUCUUCAGGAAUGGUAUGACUAUGAUGAAAAGGCUGGUAACUCAGUCAGCAUAACAGAACUCAAAUUUCAAUUUGUAACAGUUAAAUGAGUUUCAUGUCUAAAUAUUUGCACAAAGUCACAUUGAUGGAAAUGUUUUAUUAGCUAUAAAUGAAAUAUUUUGUUUAUGCUAUUAAAAAUAUCUAACUUUAUUUGAUAGUAAUAGUGAUACUGUCAGCAGAGAAAUAUUAAUUUUUGGUCACUUGAGAAAUAAAAAUGGUUGUAUUAUGCAAA